UGCUGUGAGCUUUGUGUCUGGUGUUGUGGCGCGCUUAAAACGUAGAGGAAGAAUUCUGCUCCAGGUGUCUGAUAUAACCAAAACUUUUGAGCUACUAAUAGUAUUUUUUUUUGUUGUUCUCAGUAUUGUUUUAAUAUAUUCUAAUCAUGUGGAACCAAGGUUAUGGCGACUCCAGCAUGGCGGGGGGUUACACACAGUCCCCCGGGGGCUUCGGAUCUCCUGCCCCCUCGCAAGGAGAGAAGAAAUCGAGAGCGAGGACACAGCAGAUCGUCCCCUGCACCGUCUCCCAGCUGCUGUCCUCCUCCCAGGCAGAGGACGUCUUCAAGGUGGGCGAGGUGGAGGUCUCCCAGGUCACGUUAGUGGGGAUUGUCCGUAACGCAGAGAAAGCUCCGACCAACAUCCUGUACAAAGUGGACGAUAUGACAGGCCCGCCCUUGGACGUCAGGCAGUGGGUGGACACCGAUGAGGCGGGCAGCGACAACAUCGUGGUUCCUCCUUCUACCUACGUGAAAGUUUCGGGUCAUCUUCGGGCUUUCCAGGGCCACAAGAGCUUGGUGGCUUUCAAAGUCAGGCCCCUGGAGGACAUGAACGAGUUCACUUCACACAUGCUGGAAGUAGUGCAGGCACACAUGCUUCUCAGUAGACCACAGGGCACGGUGAACACCGCUGGGAUGAACCACAGCAUGGUCUCUAUGUCAGGGGGGGGCACAGGGACAGGAUACUCUGGGGCCAGUGAUAUAGCCGUGAAUGGUCUGACGCCACAUCAGAGUCAGGUGUUGAAUUUGAUCAAAAGCUGCACUGACCAGCAGGGGGUCAGUAUUCAGGAUCUGAAGUUGAGACUGAAGGCGAUAAGCCUCGCUUCCAUAAAACAGGCGGUGGAGUUCCUCAGCAAUGAAGGACACAUCUACUCUACCAUCGAUGAGGACCACUUCAGAUCCACGGACAACGACUAGGGAUACUCGUUUUCACGAACGCUCCAGAAAAACCCAAAGGGCUUCUGUUUCUCUUCCUCAUUCUUCUUUCCAAGUGGAAAUGUUUUUUUUUUUGGCAGCAGGAACAGGCUAAGGACUUGUGUUAAUCCACUAAUAAUUUUAAUCUUUCUGUUUGCUGUUAUGUUUCCUCUAAGCCUUGCCUGAUUUCGCAGACUUUAGAUAAGAGGUGGAUGCCGCCGUGCUGUCGUUUUGACUCAAGUGAGUCUGCUAUUUCUGCAUGUCAAAUCUGAAAGCUGAGUUUGGACAAGAAAUAAAAUAUCCUAGUUCUCUAUAUGAAAUGCUCUGCUUUGA